AUGUAUCCGCUGAUCAAAGGGGAGAUCGCACCCAUACCAAAGCCCCAGACCGUGCGCCAGAUUGUGAAGGAGGUUGGGUUGACUGGCAUCUUCCGAGGGUUUGGGGCGUGUAUGCUGAGGGAUACGAUCUUCUCAGCCAUCUACUUCCCCACUUACGCCAUGCUGAAGCUGCUGUUCACGGAUCCUCACACAGACACCAUCAGUCCCCAGGGUCUACUGCUGGCGGGUGGACUGUCUGUGGUGCCUGCAGCGCUUAUGACUACGCCGUUGGAUGUGAUCAAAACCCGACUGCAAGCUCCGCCUAUAGUGACUGGUAGAUGGCGUCUGAAUAGAGAAAUCAAAUACCGCAGCAUCGCCGACUGCUUCUUCAAGACGACGCGCAAUGAGGGUUACCGUGCGUUGUGGAAGGGUGCAGGCGCACGAGUGAUGUUGUGGGGCCCUCAGUUCGCCAUCUCUCUGUUCACCUAUGAGGUACUUCAACGCCGGCUGUUCCCAGAUAUCGUGCCCAUACCACUCACACACGUGCCUAUCAACAGCCGUGACUUCAUGGGAAUGCGCACCGAACGCCUGCAGAACCGCUUCAGUCGUGUGGAGGGCGAGCUACGGUCCUUGCAGAUCGAAAAGUAAACCAGGUUUAUAGCCGAUUUGGAAUCAGGGGGUUUUACUUAGUAACCCGCUGACCAGGUUGGCCAUAGCGCGAAUAGACUGCUCAUCGAUAGGCUACAGGCACCAUGGGGAUGCGAGUAUGGGCUGCGCAAGGUGCAUGAUCACAGUUGAGUAGGUAUGAUCUGAUGGUUUGUUUUCCACACACUUGGUUUUUGUUGCUAAACCAGGUUGAAAAAGAAGAAUCCAGUGAAAGUAAACCUAAUAUAGGUAUUGAUACGAGAUUAGUGUCACUCGCCACGUGUGUGAUGACCACGCACGUCUCAUUCUGCCUGGGCACAACUACAACAGCCAGACAUACUUCCUCGUACUCGUAGCACUUCUGUUACACCCUGACAAUAUGUGGAUACACCCACAACACACACGCAUGUGAGUUGAUGGGGUUGUUAGUGGUCAGCUGUAUGCAUCUAUAAAUAGAACUUUGGUGUAUGCAUCUAUAAAUAGAAUGCUGGGACGGGCACAGAACGUCUCUGUCCUGAUCUGGAUGCCUAUUGCCCUCGAAUGUCCAAGCCGAGCGCACGGGAAGAUCCAUCCAAUCCCUUCACGUCCAAGAAUGUAACCAGACACAUUCAAUGGCAUGUGAAAUACACAUACUUACUGUAUGUUCACGUGUGUGCCUUAUAUACCGGACAACUUAGUCACACGCGGAGCCUGUGCGUUAAUCACAUACCAUGCAAAUCCAAGCGUUCCUUCAGAGAGUAUGGAGAAGGUUUGGACUGCCGCCAUAAGGCAAGGUGUGAAGACCCCUAUUCGAUCUGCAGUAGCACCUGCAGCGUAACUAGAUUUAGCUCAAGUGGAGACUGGAGACUAUGAAACACUCAUCAGAUCAGAAAGGUGGGGUGUUGUGUUUCAUCGGGGGACUGCACCUGAAUAAAUACACCUCACAGGACACACAUAUUGGGUUGGGAACUGAAUUAAAUCGGGAUGUGGACUGAAAUAAAUUGGUUUGUGGGCU